ACUUGACAGACUCGCGACAUACUCUCCGAUCAGCUACUGGAUCUGCUCAUCUCGUGAUACCUUGCAACGUGUACCUGCUCAUCGAUACAGCCUGGCGAUCAGUCACUGACUCCCAUCAUGGAAAGCGCCAAUGACUUGCUUCGGCAGCAAAUGCAACAAGCACAACGCAAUGCAGGGAUAUUACCUAAUGCGCUGUCCUUCCCAGCUGUUGCUAUGAAUGCAACGGCUGCGAGUCGCAGGCAGCAAGGCGUCGAGGAAGAUUUGCCGGGCUAUGAAGCGCAGGGCAAUCAAGCAACGCAGUAUCAAUUUUCUCGACAAGAUUUCGCCACCUAUAAUCUAAGCUGUCUACAUGAUCCACAGCGGUCACAUCUGGUCCAAUUGAUUGAAGAUACUGUUCCGCUCAAGAAGCGCAGGUUGCUGUCUAAAAGAAACGAGGAUGUUUCAAAGGAAAGACUCAAGAGUCGCACCAUUCGCGUUUGCAGACGACGUGAGCUUGCCUACAGCGCGCAAGUCACAGACGACUAUAGCUUAGCGGAGCAGAGAUGCGCGGAGAUUCGGCCUACUUUCAAAAAGUCCUUCAAUUUGCGGCAGCAAGACCCUUAUAUUCCCUUGGACACGUCAAACGGCUUGAUCCAUCUGCAUCUGUACAGAGGUGACUACUACCAUUUCAGCAUACCGCUAGAAGAUCUGGACACGGAUCGCGGUAUCAGACUCGAAUGGCGCAUACAAUGGGCGUUUCUCAAUAAUAAGAAGGACUAUAAGCUUAGGCGCAUCUUUAAGGGAAUGAAGCUCGGCAUACUCGGUGGCCCAACGACGCAAAUCAUUGGCUGGUUCCUGCCAACGGCUCAAUUUGUUGAUGGCAGUGGUGUUGAGCAUGACGCUGAUUUGUCGCGCGUGCCAACAGUCCUUCGUUAUGCUGUGCAAUCUGCUCAGGUACACAGUUUGCCAUUGGAACGAAACAGAACAGACGGCAGCGCUAGGUCUGAGACGAGCAUGAACGACACAGAUCUCAAUACGCCUGCUGUGCUGGGAAACCUCAUUCUGGCAGAUGCAGAACUGAGCAGCGAUUUGGUUCCGGGAUGGCCUUUAGAUGCACCUGCCCGCCAAGAGUCAAUUGUGGAGCUCAUACGUGAGAUGGCAACGACGUCGUUUCUGGCACUCUACUUCCGUGUAGUCAUGGCUGACACGAUGCAUGAGAGAAUUGCCAAGUAUACACAAGAUGGAGCAAGUCUAGGACGAGGGAUGAUGUGUUAACACGGGCCAAAUUUUAUGACAGUAGCAGUCAUACAGUCCUCUACAAGUUGUAGUUCUACGAUGAUAUAUGCCUGGCAUCAAUGAGGGGUGGCAUCAAAGCAAUUCCAGGUCCCACAGUCUAUAUCAAAAUGUGUACAUAUGCGUGAUGUAGCCAGGAAGGUCUGGAAGUGCUUUGUUAUCACCGCUCACUGAUGUGGUUUCUGCACCAAAACCCUCCUUCAUAUGUUCUGUGAGGCUGUGCAGACUUUCAUGAAACUACUUGUAAAGUCUGCCACCUUCAU